ACGCCAUUUUCACGCACCGCGCAGUCAGUCAGUCAUCCAGCCAGUGGACCAGCGAGCUGUCAUCUUCACCGGCGACUCAUCAACUCCUCAUUUCGCCCCAUGAAGCCGCCAUCAAGUUAGUUUCACGGACUUGUUCCUGCCAUGGAACCGACGGAGAACAGGUUUUUCCUGUAUGGCUCCGACUAAAGUCAGUGUUUCUGACAGUUAGCUAUGUAGCUAGCUGGUCAUCAUUAACGGCGGUUGAUGCAGUGAAGCCCAGCGUCAGUCGGCAGAACAUAUCCCAGCCGGACACAGUUUGGAUAUUGUGUUUUAUAACUUCUAUAUUUUCACCCUUAUCAGCAAGAGUUGUGGGUCAAAGGAGCAACACCUUCAUUUACAAAAAGACGUGAUUUAGACGGUGAAAAGGCGAGAAAAACGGACGUUACAGUGAAGCUACAUUGGCAACGGAUGUCCUAGAGAACGGAUGCGUGAGGACAUGUCCACCAUGGUGUGCGUGAAGGAUGAGGAGGAUCCUGGGGAGAAGCUAUCCCAGGAUGAGAUCAUCUCCCGGACCAAGCAGGUGAUCCAGGGGCUGGAGGCCCUGAAGCAGGAGCACCACUCCAUCCUGGAGGGUCUGCUGGGCACGCUGCGCUGCCUGAAGCAGGACGAGGAGGGUGUCCUGGUGGAGGAGAAGUCCCACAUGAUACGCAAGUCCCUGGAGAUGCUGGAGCUCGGGCUGAGCGAGGCACAGGUGAUGAUGGCGCUCUCGAGCCACCUGAGCUCGGUGGAGUCGGAGAAGCAGAAGCUUCGGGCUCAGGUACGCCGGCUCUGCCAGGAGAACCAGUGGCUGAGGGACGAGCUGGCCGGGACGCAGCAGAAGCUGCAGAAGAGCGAGCAGAGCGUGGCCCAGCUGGAGGAGGAGAAGAAGCACCUGGAGUUCAUGAACCAGCUGAAGAAGUACGACGAGGACUUGUCCCCAUCUGAGGAGAAGGACUCUGAUUCCAGUAAAGAGACUCUGGACGAUCUCUUCCCAGAUGAUCAGGACGACCAAGCCCCAGGCAUCCAGCCGAGUCACGGCAGCGCUGCAGCAGCGGCUGCCCAGCAGGGAGGCUAUGAGAUCCCGGCCCGUCUGAGGACCCUCCACAACCUGGUGAUCCAGUACGCCUCCCAGGGCAGGUACGAGGUGGCUGUGCCCCUCUGCAAACAGGCCCUGGAAGACCUGGAGAAGACCUCUGGACACGACCACCCAGAUGUGGCCACCAUGCUCAACAUCCUCGCCCUUGUUUACAGGGAUCAGAACAAAUACAAGGAGGCAGCCAACCUGCUGAAUGAUGCUCUGGCCAUCAGGGAGAAGACUCUGGGCAGGGACCAUCCAGCUGUCGCUGCCACCCUCAAUAACCUGGCCGUCCUCUAUGGGAAGAGAGGAAAGUACAAGGAAGCAGAGCCUCUGUGCAAGAGAGCGCUGGAGAUCAGAGAAAAGGUGCUGGGGAAGGACCACCCAGAUGUGGCCAAGCAGCUGAACAACCUGGCCCUGCUGUGUCAGAACCAGGGCAAGUACGAGGAGGUGGAGUACUACUACAUGAGAGCGCUGGAGAUCUACCAGACCAAACUGGGCCCCGACGACCCCAACGUGGCCAAGACUAAGAACAACCUGGCAUCCUGUUACCUGAAGCAGGGCAAGUUCAAGCAGGCUGAAACUCUGUAUAAAGAAAUCCUCACCCGCGCUCACGAGAGGGAGUUCGGAUCUGUCGAUGAUGAGAACAAACCAAUAUGGAUGCAUGCUGAGGAGAGAGAGGAACAAAGCAAGGGGAAACAGAAGGACGGCUCACCCUUUGGAGAAUAUGGAGGCUGGUACAAAGCCUGCAAAGUCGACAGCCCCACAGUGACCACCACCCUGAAGAACCUGGGCGCCCUCUACAGGCGGCAGGGCAAGUUUGAGGCGGCUGAGACUCUGGAGGAAGCUGCCAUGCGUUCCAGAAAGCAGGGUCUGGACAAUGUGCAUAAGCAGCGCGUGGCGGAGGUCCUGAGCGAGCCGGAGGCCCGCGAGAAGCAGCGAAGCCGCGAGAGCUUGACCUCUGACACGGUGAAGUACGAGAGCGGGCCGGACGGUGGCGAGGAAGUGAGUAUGAGCGUGGAGUGGAACGGGGACGGCUCCGGCUCUCUGAAGAGGAGCGGCUCCUUCAGUAAACUGCGAGCAUCGAUCCGCCGCAGCAGCGAGAAACUGGUCCGCAAGCUGAAAGGCGGCGGCUCGUCCCGAGACAGCGAGCCCAAAAACCCCGGCAUGAAGCGAGCCAGCUCUCUGGGGGUUCUUAACGUGACGGACAAGGCUGCGAGUGACCACUACCAAGAACGAAAUAAUCGUCUGAGGAAAAGUCGCGACCUGAGCGCCAGCCACACCAACCUGGCGCGUUGACGGUUUUCGACCCUGGAAGAGGUGAUGGAUGGAGCCUGAGAGGUCACUUCCUGUCCAUAAACCUCCUCACUGUAAACAGCCUCCCACAUUCAACUUCACACCACUGUACAGGGUUCAAUGUUUCAUUGCACUUUCUGAAGGUUUGUGGUGUUUUACGUUUUUUUAAAUCAACACACAUCGAGGAACAAGAGGAAGACGAACACACACUGACCUGCUGUGUGUCUGAGUGUGUGUAUCCUUAUCUGUAUGUGCGUGUACUGUAUGUACUAUAUGUAAGUGUGUGGCUGGUGUGAGUGGUUGCCUUUCUUAAUAUUUAAUGCUCUCGCUUGAAUGAAGGCAGACGCAGAGUGGAGCUUUAGUUUUACAAACAUUUCUGUAACUAAAACUGCUGCAGUUAAACUGUGGAGGGUGAAGCCAAAGAAAUACAGAGCUCAAGUUCACUAACACAAAGACUAAACCGACAUAAAAAACCUGCUGCAAACUGCACGUUAAAGUGUCCAAACAUCUCUGAAUGAAUCAAUGAGUGAAAUAAAUUCAUCCAGAUCAUGUGUUACUGAUACUUUUAUCUACCUACAGGUACAGGAAGGUAAACUUUAAUGUCUCAGAGGGGCAAUUUGAGCUAAAGAGAGUAGUCAUUCGUUUUUUCAACUAGCUAUCACGCUAGCUAUGUUAGCUAACACUGUCAUCAAGCCUUUGAUCAUAACAGAAUAUAGGAACUUUCACCAUUACUCAUUACAGAAAGACCACCGAGAAAACAUGUUCUUUGUUUAGAUUAUUAACAGGACAAUGGAUAUUAAGUGUCUGUUUCUGCUCCCAGCACAAGCUAGCUUAGCUAGCGGACUAACAUUAGCGAGCCUUCAUUUUCCCAGGGUCAGGCCUGCCGGCAGACAGAAUUGCAUCACGAAAACAAGGUUUAUUGGGAACUAAUCUAAACACAAAUAAUAACACAACAAAAAAGUGUUUUCUUGUGGCGUCCUUUCUAAAAUGAACAGUGGUUGAAGUUACAACAUUCUGUUAGGAUCAAGGAGUUGAUGACAAGCAAACAACGUUAGCUAGCACAUAUCUGUCGCCAGUCUGACCUUAUGUUUUUUAUUACAUUACUCUCAUUUUGAACAUAAUACAGCAGCACAGACCAAACUGAGGUUAUAGUAAGCCUACAUUAAAAUUAAAGAAGUAACUUGAGUACAUUUGACAGCAGAACAGAGUGCUGCAGGACAUUUUGCUAAAGUUAGCACCACCUUGGUUCCUUCGUCAAAAAGCUGAUGGGAUAUUUCCACUGGAUUUUGGAUUAUUGUAGAAAAUAAGCUUUGUGGUUUAAACAUUUAUUACGCAUUGCACCUGAGUACAAUACAAAACACAGACACACAGUAUCCAGUACAACACUGUCAGAGGUCAAUCAUGGACAUUAAGGGUCAGUGCUGGUUAAGAUAAGCGAUAGACAGGACUAAGGACGAUCUGUAACGCUUUGUGCUGCAUUUAGGGAGGCAAAACCUCCGCCCUGAUGGAAGCAUCUGAAACUCAACACGGAGGGGAUGUUGACCGAGUUUUAGAGGUGACCCUCUCUUCAUACAGAUGCUGUAGGUUACUAAAAGUAACACCAGAGAUCUUACAGCACAGCUUAACCACUUCUUCCAACUUGUUCUUGUUUAAAGGCUCAGAUUACCAAACCAACAGACAAUGAACGAGCACGAUAAAAGCAGAAUAGAACAUUUUCAUGAUCGUCCUGUCUACAUCAAAACUCCUCAGCUUCCUUAAGAGGAAUAGAUGUUGGUUUGCCUUCUUAGGACCGUUUCAUAGUUGACACAAAGGCACACAGACGCGAACGCAUUGGGACACAUCAAGACGCAUUGGCCGCCAUGAUGCGUGCUUGCGUCUCAAAAUGUGUUGUCCAUGUUUUUUGAUACACGACACAGUGACGUGUGUAAUACCAUGCGUUGCCAGCGGGGGUGAUAAUGCAAGUGGUGUACUUGAAAUUAACCACUUUUUGUUAUUCACAGAAGAAGCAGGUAUGAAGUAUGGCGGGCGAGGAGGAAAAACUUUGCAAACUCAGACAGGCACACCCCAUUUAUAUGACAGUUCUAGUGCCCUGUAAUCUAAUAAAAUAGCAGUACUAGCUAGCUACAGCAGUACUAGCUAGCUACAGCAGUACUAGCUAGCCGGAAUGUACCGGUGACUCUGCUACCCCCUAUUGCAUGAGCGAUGUAUUGCAUUUCAAGUGUCGUCCGCAUCGCUUGCGUUCAGUGCGUCGACUAUGAAACAGCCCUUACAGAUGUCGUCAGUGUUCACGUCAAAAUUAAAUUUGUCAUCUAAGACAGUGCCCAGACACUUGUACUGCUGACACCGUCUUCCCCGUGAUCACACAAGGAGCAGGAAUACCAAUUGACAAAUUCAUCCAGUACUGGACCAUGAUCAUAUUCUGAUCCAUGAAGAAGACUCACAAUAACAGAGUCUUCUGCGUACUUUAGGACGAAUCUUGAUGCAUGAUUACUCUGAUAUUCAUUCGUGUACAAACAAAAAAGGAUAAGAAAGGACACAUCCCUGAGGGAAUCCAUUAUCCUGUUAACCCAGACCCUCUGAGACCUGUUCACCAAUUUGGCUUCAUGCUCUGAGGUUUAACUGGAGCAACAGGAGAAACUUCUGCCUCUCAGAAAAUGUUUUUAACAACUAAAACUGCAGCGACUCUGCAGAGAAACCGUCCAGCAAUGACGUCUUUCUGUAGGCCGACCCGGACGUUAGCUUAGCUCAUGCAUUCACUCUGCAGACUCCCAGUGGAGUCUCUGAACUGGGUUUUUGGAUUAAUUGAGAAAAUAAGAUCUGUGGCAAAAUAAUAUUUAUGAUGUUCACACAAGAAAAUCCUCACAAAUAUUUUAACCACAGUGUAAGACCUUAUUUUCUGCAUUAAUUAACCCUUUAAGUUAAAACCAUUGGAAACGUGUGGAGUGAACCCUCAUCUCUUUAAGACUUGUUUCCUAAAAUGCUCCGUCCUGUGCUGAUUGCAGAUUUUUUGCUUGUGAUGAAGUUUUAUGUUUACAUUUGGGUUUUUUGUAAAUGAUGUUUUAUUUGUUUCUGUCCUCUUGCUGCUCCGAAGAGUUCCUUUUUAUAUCUUCCUGUAAAAAGCCUGGAGAAUAGCCGCCCUGUCUUCCGAAACGUUGAGGUUGAGGCAGGACGACAACAUUUUAUUGGCACAUGAAGGCCGACCGACGCACUCUCAGGAUCGAGGCUGUAGUUUCACACACUGACUGCAAAGUUAAAGUCACUCCACACUAUAAUUAGCGGAGAGACGUUACAGCAUUUAUUUUACUUCCAGAUAUAUUAGUGGUUAUUCAAGACAACACUUUACCACAUGAGUAAAGUCGAACCAAUCCAACCAAAAACUGCAAAUACUGAAUUAUUUAAGAAACACUUAUUAUGCAAGAGUUAUUCCAGAGAUUUAAGGUGCAAAUGUAAAGAUAUAUAUUUGCUAUUACCAAAAUAAGAGGGAGUAUUCCUCCUAUAGAUAGUUCUAUAACUAGUUAAAUAUAGAUUUAUGUCAACAGUGUUUUACUUUGAUAAAAACUAAUAUGAAUAACUGGAAUCAAUUGAUGGAUGGAAACGUGUGUCCACACUCCGCUGGAUCAAAACCCAGAUAACAAAGUUGAUUCUACAUCACACAAAUCAAACUUCAAACAUGAAUUAACACUUCAAACUUUCAUAUAAAAUAAAGAAAAGAUGCAAAUCCUCAUGACAGAAAAGCUGAAAGUGGGUUAAGUUUAAAAAUAUGUAAACAUCUGACCAGACAGUCGAUGCUAGCUUCUGGUAUCUGACAGUUUUCUAUCUUUACCAAACAAUGUGUCAAGGUUCAAUGCCCACAACCCAAUUGCAAGGAUAAAUAUUGGCAGCAUACGUUUCUGCAAACAGGAUACAUUACACACACAAUGCUGUCGUUGAAGUUUGGUUAAAAAAACACUUCAUUAUGUUUACGAAAAGAUCGUGUUUUGGCUUAAAAUCAGCAGUUUUAGGGGCACGAUCUUGGCGGGAAAUGCAGCAAUAUCUUGGGAAAAAUAAAAGCUUUUUGUGGCACUAUCCUGGCUCGAUAUGCAGAGAUGUCUCUUUAAAAAAAAGAGCUGCUUUUGGUGGCACAAUCCUCGAUGAAAACACAACCAGUGGUUGAUAAAAACAACCUUGUUUGGAAGCCAAAAAAAAUAAAAAUAGCAGCAGGAAACGCAGCGAUGUCUCAGUAAGAAACAACUGCUUUUGGUGGUGCUAUCCUCCCUGACGGGUUGAUAGAAGCAACCACAUUUGGCAGGCGUCUCGACUUUGUGUCGCGCCAUCGACCAUCCAUUCCACCUCCUGAUGACGAAGCCGGCUUAUAUCUAUAUGUCACUUUAGAAAACACUGAUAUAUGUACAAGUAUGAUGUGUCCUUGGUUUGCAGAAACGUAUUUACCAACAUGUUCCUCUGGUGACUGAGCCCCAAUUGGGUUUAAAUCUCAUCCACUUAAAAAGGAGUCGCCAAGUGUUCCAAAAGCAUAGACUGAAUUUAAGUCUAAAUUCUUUGGUAAACCCAGUUUAAACAACCAGCAGUGACGCAUUUGCACUGGAAAUAUUGGACUGAUCAUACUGACUUACUCAAAUCAGAUUUUGUGCUUUGUGCAUUCACUGCAUUAUGAGCUGUUUGCUUUUAUGUUAUUGGAGAAGUACAUGAACCUUUAGUUUUUUGGCAGGGAUGUGCAAUAAGCUUUUGUUUGACACGACCCUCCUGUGUUUGAAAAACUCUUCUGAUUUGUAAAUUUGAUGAAAAUUCAUCAGCAUCUGAAUUUAUAUGAAGGCUUUGAUUCCAAAAAUUACAAAUAUAAAUCCCCCUUUUCUUCUUUUUAAAGAUAUAUUUGUUGUAAUUUCCCAAAUAAUUCAAAGAUGAAAUCCUGAAAUGUAAAUAUAGAAGCUGACUAGAUUUGACAACUUGAAUAAAUAUUCAUGGUCGUUGUUUUUUUUGUCUUCCGUGCCGGCAAUAAUUUAGUCACAGUGAUUUUUAAAUGUUACAUAUCUCAUGUUUGGAAUUGCGUCCUUGUUUACUUUCUUUAUACUGAUGAUUAUGUUGACGCUGUUUGACGUUACAGAGCCGAGUGUGUUGAAGCUUCUUGUCGACUGUUGAUCAGUCUUUUGUUGUCUUAGUGUUCGAGGCUCCGCAAAGUAACGAGGCACAUAACUUAACCAUGUCUGAUGGUUUCGAUAGACUGGGCAACAUUUUGGGCAACAUUAGCAACACCUCCAGCAACUGGCAGCGAAGUAACAGUGUUGUUCAGGCGUUACAUUAACGUGACAUUUAAUGUUUUAAAGCUCUGAAUGUAGUCUACACAAAAAUAAAUGAAAAAAUAUGGAAGCACAGAAAGGCCAAAAUUAUGAUUGAAUUUAAUCUUCUGAAUCUGAAUUUAUCUGGUUUAAAUUUUCAUCUAAAACUUGUGAGAAGGUCAUUUUAGGUUUCAGCAUUUCACAAAUUUAAUUUAUCAUCUUGAAUUUUGAUCUUUUUUGGCUGGUUUGUAAAACAGAAAUGACGACUUGAAAUUAAGCAACUUGAAUAUCAUUUCUAAUUAAUAUUUGGAUGCAAUUUUAUGUAUCUGAAUUUGUGAGUUAAGUCAUAUUUUUAAAGUUGCACCACUUGAAAUUACCUUCCUGAAAAUCUCAAAGUGGAAAUUUCAAACCACAAAAGUUCAUAUGAAUGAUUAUAAAUAUGUAUACAGCCUACAAAAAGUGUUUUACAGAAUAAAAUAUAUUUAAACGCUUUAAAUUGAGUUGUAUUUACAGUUACACAAUAAAUAUUAGUGUUGACUAAAUGUCAAAACUACUACGUUGCUUAAAAUAUUUAAAUCCUUUUGGCCUUUUUUUGCUUCCAUACUUAUGUGAUGAGAUUUACUAUUGUGAACUAUGUGAGUAAAGCAGCGAUGUUGAGUCACUGUCACAGAAACAAUGUUCCCCAGUGUUGGGUCAAAGUUGCUCAGACUGUUGCCCCGUUGCAGAGAACUUCACAUCUGUCCUGAAACUAUGACUUCUGAUCAGUUUUCAGUACACAACAUUUAUCUCUGAGUGGUGAUUAUCAUGAUGUGAAUGUAAAUUUAUGGAUUUAUGGAAGUGCAGGCAACAAUGAAAAGUUGUUUUUUUAAUGAGUGUUUGAUGUUAAAGCAGUGAAGGUAAAAGUCUCACAGUCCGUGCUUUUGUUGUAGGCUUUUAUUUCCUCCUGUUAAUUUUACUUGUGUGUUUCUCCUCCCUGUCUGUGGACCGUGUUGUUGUGUGGAGUCUGAUGUGAAGGGACAGAUAAUGUAAAGGCUCAGGUUGGGACGGAAAUGGUUUUAUA